GUUACUUCUAAACUCGCGCUGUGGACCUGCAGGGUGGACUGUUUGAUCCUUUCUGACGGGAAUAGUAUCUCUGUAACAACAUGCCUAAAAGGAAGUCUGCCGAAGGGGCCGGUGCCAAGGACGUCUCUAAAGUCACUAAGCAGGAGGUCACUAAGCAGGAGGUCACUAAGCAGGAGCCCACCAGACGGUCAGAGAGGUUGUCAUCGAAACCAGCUCCUCCCAAACCGGUUGAGGUCAAGCCUAAGAAGGCUAUCGCCAAGAAGCCGGUGGACAAGGUGGACGACAAGGCCAUGAAGGGAAAGAAAGGAGGAGCUAAGGUGAAGAGGGAGGAUGGCCCCUCCCAUAACCGACAGACCAUGACAGAGGAGACUGAGGCUGUGGGGGCGGGGUCUGACGAGGAGAAGGAAUGAGGAAAUUGGGGGUGUGUCUUUCUCUGACUUCUCCCAAACCGGUACCAUGGAAACGAAGAAAGGAUCUUUUUUUACGAGGAUUUUGUAAAAUGCUGAAUUUUUUGGGUCCUGUGAUAUUAGCGAAGAUAAACCAACACCCCACGUCCACACUCCUCCUUGCAGUUCUGUCACUCUCUCUCGUCUCCAAUCCUUUCUUCCCUCUCUUCCAUUUGUAGUUUUAAUCCUCUUCCUUUUCUUGAAAGACAGAAUGAAGUGACAUGUUUUUAAAAAAUGGCUGCAACUGUUCUCCCUCUGGCAGUGGGUGGAGCCUCACAGGGUCACCGUGAUAAUGCGUCUCACGUCCUUUCUAAAUGAUGAUGUCAUAUCCUCUCUACUACGAUAGCUCUUUUUGAUGACAUCACUCAAAAUUAAUUUGAUCUCCCACCUAUGACAUCAGAGACCCAGUGGUCAAACUAGGCUCCUAUGACAUCACAGGUGACCUUUGACCCUGAACUGAGGUGUUGCCAUGGAGAAUAUUUGCGGCUUUUUAAGCAGAUGUAGAAAAGUUUGAGAAUUGUCACUCCUGUGUUUGAAAGUGGCAGAGCAAUAACAAGUGGUGUUUCUGUUGUAGAACGCUGUGGCUUCCAGAACCUGUCUGAGUUCCACCCUGCC